CACACACACACCACAGUUUCAUUCUGUUUUUGCCUGUGAUUUGCCAAUCCCGUUUUGGUUAUAAAAAAAACUGGAUUAAUGUGGAAGGAGUAGGGUGAAGAAGAAGUCAGCGAGUGGCAAGGGAAGAGGGGAGGGAAGAAUAAAAAGAAAGGGGAGGAAAAGAAGCCCAGGCAGCCAUGCUAGCGAACGAGUGAGCGAGUCAUUCGUUUGGCACCCUCACAGCAUCCAUUCGGAUUCCCAGAAUUCUAUUCCGCAGAAUUCUUAACAGUCGCUCCAACUGCUUUUGGACGGAGCAGCAGUGCUGCUUUUCUCUUUUUUUCCUUUCUUUUUUUAUUCUCUCAUUCUUUCUCCUUCUCCCCCCCCACCCCUCCUACCUCCACUGGCUUGACUGGUGCAGUGUGUGAUUUCUUGGGAGUUAGAAGUGGGUACAUGGUAUUAUUGUUUUGGAAGCGGGGCUGCGUUCCCCAUGUAUGGCUUUUGCUGUAGGGGAGAGGGAGGGAGAGAGCCCCUAUUUCUGCUUAAAGCUACACUUAAACGAGAAGGGCUAGACUGCAGAAGGAGAAGAACAGCCAAGAGGGUGAAGGAAAGCAAGCCCACAGAAAUAAGCAGCAGCCCACAGACUGAAGAACAGCAGAAAGGAUGAGGAACAAGUGAAGAGGGUGGUGGACAGCUAACAGGGUUAAGAGCAGCAAAGAGAAGGAAGAAGGGUAAAUACAAGAACCGUCUAGAGGGUGGCAGGAACAGUUAGGUUGGUGAGAUACAGCAUGGAGGAAGAAGGGUCAAGAACAACAGACCAGAAACUGAAGAGCUAUCCAGAGAAGUGAAGAAGAACAUCUCACACGGACUGAGGAAGAGCUCACAGACUGAAGAAAAGCUCACAGGCCAAAGAGCUAUCUAGAGAAGUGAAGACAAACAGCCCACUGACUGAGGAACAGGUCAUGGACUGAAGAGCUAUCCAGGGAAGUGGGGGAGUAAACAGCUGUCGAACGGAGGAACAGCUCACAGACUGAUGAGCCAUUCAGAGCAAUGAAGACAGACAGCCUACAGACUGAGGAACAGCUCACAGACCAAAGAGAAUCUGUCUUCUGAGUCAACAAGCAGAGGGCAUUCGUGCUAGAAGAGCUGGGAAUAAUAAUAAAACAGGAUCUGGACUUUGACAGGACUGGCCAUAGAGCUUGAAGAGAAGGGGAUGAGAAGAGGAGCAGCAGCAGGAGGAAAAGGAGGAGGAUAAGGUGGACCGUUCUGGUUCUCACCAGCCUCCUAACCUCAUCACCACCAGUUUCCAGCAGUCUUCAUCCAGCCGCAACUCUCCAAACCACCAGGAUGACGAUGUGGAUCUGGAGGCUCUGGUGAAUGAUAUGAACUCGUCGUUUGAGAGUCUCUACUCCCACACAGACUCCUCCCCUCUCCUGCACAACGGCAACGCCCACCUGUCCGGCUCCCAUGGCAACGGCCACACCCAGCUGCAGGGUUCCCAUGGCAACCACCGUGGUCAUGGUAACCAGGGCCCGCCCCCCCAGCGUCCACCCCCACCCCGAUCGCCAGGACAAAGGCUUCGCCGCUCGCAGCCCAUACACGUGCACGCAGUCAGGAGACUUCAGGAAGAGGAGCACCAGGUGCGGCCGGCCUCCCUGCCCGCCAUCCCCAACCCUUUCCCAGAACUCUGCAGCCCCACCGGCUCCCCCAUACUGGACACCCUGCAGCCCAACCAGCCCUCCGACACACAUAUCAUAAAGGUGUUUGGUGAGGAUGGCAGCGGUAAGGUGGUGGAGGUGCCGGCGGACAUGACGGCCAGAGACGUUUGCCAGCUGUUGGUCUACAAGAGCCACUGCGUAGACGACAACUGCUGGACACUAGUGGAACACCACCCGCUACUCGGCCUGGAGCGGUGUCUGGAGGACCAUGAGCAGGUGGUGCAGGUGCAGGCCGGCAUGUCCAGCGAGAGCCGCUUCGUAUUCCGCAAGAACUACGCCAAGUACGAGUUCUUCAGGAACCCACUGAACUUCUUCCCAGAGCAGAUGGUCGCUUGGUGCCAGGAGUCCAAUGGCUCCAUCCCACCCUCCCAGCUCUUACAGAAUUUCCUGAACUCCAGCCGCUGUCCAGAGAUCCAGGGCUUCCUGUACCUGAAGGAGACGGGCCGCAAGUCCUGGAAGAAGCUCUGCAUGUUCCUCAGGAGAUCCGGCCUCUACUACUCCACUAAAGGCACAUCCAAAGAGCCCAGACAUCUGCAGCUGUUGUCUGACUUGGAGGAGAGCAACGUCUACAGUGUCACGACGGGACGCAAGAUGCACAACGCACCCACAGACUACCAGUUCUGCAUCAAGCCCAGUAAAGUGCGGAGUGAUCUGAAGGAGCUGCGCAUGCUGUGUGCUGAGGACGAGCAGAGUCGAACAUGCUGGAUGACUGCCUUCAGACUGCUGAAGUACGGGAUUCUGCUCUACCAGAACUACAAGAUUCCCCAGCAAAGGAAAGCCCCCCUGGCCCCCUUCUCUGCACCAGUGCGGAGUGUGUCGGAGAACUCUCUGGUCGCCAUGGAUUUCUCGGGCCGGACGGGCAGGGUGAUCGACAACCCGGUGGAGGCCCAGAGCGCAGCCUUGGAGGAGGGGCACAGCUGGAGGAAGCGGAGUCAGAGGAUGAAUGUCUUAGGAAGUCCCAGCCCCCUUCACCCUUCCUCAUUAAGCUCAGUAAUCCACCGGACCCAGCUGUGGUUCCACGGCCGCAUCAUGAGGGACGAAUCCCACAAGAUGAUCAUGCAGCAGGGCCAAGUGGACGGGUUGUUCCUGAUACGAGACAGUCAGAGCAAUCCCAAAGCUUUCGUUCUCACACUGUGCCAUCACCAGAAAAUCAAACAUUUCCAGAUCUUACCUUUUGAAGAGGACGGCCAGAUCUUCUUCAGCCUUGACGACGGUGCCACCAAGUUCAGUGACCUGAUCCACCUGGUGGAGUUCUACCAGCUCAACAGAGGCGUGCUGCCGUGCAAACUCAAGCACCCCUGCACCGUGGUGGCCUUAUGACCCGCACACACACCCCACCCUGUGCUCUCUCCCCCGUGUAGCCCCCGCCACGAUCACCCACGUCUCACCUCUCUUUACCUCCCCUCGUGACCUUUGAACCCCCCUUUGCAUAAACAGACAGGCAGACCGACAGGACAGCCACGCUACGCCACACCACACCACACCACGCACGGCUCCCCGACGCCUUGGUGAUCUUCCACCUCCACAUAACCUCCCUGACUGCAAAUGAUACUAAUCCCAGGCCAACGCUUAGCCUGGUAGGCCAAAAUGCAGCCCAGCCCAGUCCAGCCCAGCCCAGGCCAACGCUUAACCCUGUGGGCCAACAUGCAGCCCAGCACAGGCCAACGCUUAGACCAGGGGACAGGAUUCCUGUCUAUUAUAGACACACACAUACUCUCGCGGACAUACACUCACUGAUUGACACUCACACACACACACACACACACACACACCAUAGAUGGAGCCUUCAUGGAUGAGGUGUGUGUCUUUCCCAACCAUCCUUCCCUCUCUUCCAACCACCCUCCUUCUCCUCCAUCCAUUGCUCGGACACAUGGUUCAUCCUCCUCUUCAUCCUGGACACUGUGCCGCCCCCACCCCUAGGACAUCAGAUCCUGACCCCAGGACAUCAGAUCUGGACCCCAGGACAUCAGGUCUGGACCCCAGGACAUCAGGUCUGGACCCCAGGACCCCCCAGGUCACCAGAUCCCCGAUAGGAACCCCACAGUCACUCUGGCUGUCUGUCUGUCUUUUAUCAUCAUCAGCCUGGAUUGGACCUUCUACACCAUACAUUUUUUUUGUUCGUUUAUUUUUUGUUUUCUGUGUUUGUUUGUUUAUUUUUGUUUAAAUUUUUCACUUGUAAAGUGUUGCUUUACUUGACGACAUUUUAUUUUAUUUACAGUUCGUUACAUAGCUGAACUAUAUUUACAUAUAUAUUAAAAAAUUAUAUAUAUAAAUAUAUAUAUAUACGGUAUAUAUAUAUUUUUUGCACUCCAGAGUUGACAACAGGUUUUCCCCACUCGACAGAAAAACACUGUGCUCUCGUCACUCCCCCUCCUCUUCCUCCUCCUCCUCCUCUCCCUCCUCAGGUUCUUCUGCCUGAGGCGUUUUUGGGCGAGAGCUGAUGUGAAGAUUGAUGAUUGAACAAACGUUUCCCCCAAAACAGUAACAGCUGAGAGGGGUAAAGAGAAAAAUGUAAAAUCUUUAUAUCCCCACUCCCCCUUAGCAGAGGUUUGAUUCCCUUCUUCAGAAAGUCAUUAGAAACCUCUGCCACAAAAUUGAUUUGAUCUGGCCAGCUCUGAAUCAGCCAAUCGUAAUGAUUGAAUACUCAAGGCAAGGUAGAGUAGACUUACUGUAGUUGUUACUCAGUGGAGUUCCAUGCGUGCUGGAAGGAAGUUGUUGUAGGGGUUUGAAGCGUCUGUACUGGGCAUCAGAGGCCUCUGCCCCUGAGAGGGCAUCUUUGGAAGUGCAGAUGGGAAGUGGAGAGACUGAUCUUGUUAUGCAGGGAGGGGGGAAGGGGUGCCAGAUAUCAAGAUGG